GCGCGGCCAGCGGGAGCCAAUGGGGGCGGCCGCGACAUGGCGGCCGCCGUGGGUGGGGAGCGGGCGCCUUAAAGCCGGCGGCGGGGGCGGUGGUGGCGGCUGCUGCUUGGUGCAUCCCCCACGGGCAUGGAGUCCUCGCAGGUUGCCGUGAUCGGCAGUGGGCUCAUUGGUCGCAGCUGGGCCAUGGUGUUUGCUGCUGGAGGCUUCAAAGUGAAACUUUAUGACAUUGCACAACAACAAUUAACAGGUGCACUGGAAAACAUACGGAAACAAAUGAAAGAGCUGGAGGAGUCAGGAUUCCUGAAAGGAUCUUUGAAUGCAGAGAAGCAGUUGGCUCUCAUCAGCAUCUGCACAGACCUGAAGGCAGCAGUAGAGGGUGCUACUUUCAUUCAGGAAUGUACUCCAGAAAACCUGGAACUGAAAAAGAAGAUUUUUGCUCAGCUAGAUCUAAUUGUUGGUGACAAUGUUGUAUUGAGCAGCUCGACCUCUUGUCUCUUACCCAGCAAACUGUUCACUGGCCUUAAACAUGUUAAGCAGUGUAUUGUGUCGCAUCCUGUAAAUCCACCUUACUUUGUGCCACUGGUUGAAAUUGUUCCGCAUCCAGAAACAGAUCCUUCUACUAUAGAGAGAACAUACGCUCUUAUGAAGAAGAUUGGACAAUCUCCUGUCAAAUUAAACAGAGAAAUUGAGGGAUUUGUUCUGAAUCGGCUCCAGUAUGCAGUGAUAAGUGAAGCCUGGAGACUUGUGGGUGAAGGAGUAAUAUCUCCUACUGAUCUAGACCUUGUGAUGUCUGAUGGAUUGGGAAUGCGAUACGCAUUCAUUGGACCUCUGGAAACCAUGCAUCUUAAUGCAGAAGGUAUUUCAAAUUACUGUGAAAGAUACCGUGAAGGUAUGAAACUUGUUCUGAACACCUUCGGACCAGUUCCAGAAUUUUCAGGCGAAACUGAGCAGAAAAUCAGUCAGGCAAUGUCUGAAAAAAUUCCAGUUGUUCCGAAACACCUCAAUGCCAGGAGGGAAUGGAGAGAUGAAUGUCUUACUGGUCUUGCCAAGCUGAAAAAACAAAUGUCAUCCAACUGAGGUGCACCUCACCUAACAGGAGAGACCAAAUGAAGAGCAGUUCUUCAUAAAAAGUGGAAAAUUUUGGUCAUGCAGAAGAGGAGACUGAAUGUGCAAGCACUGAUAUGCACUUGUAUAGAGACCAAUGAAACUUUUGGUCCAGUUUUUGUCACGACAUAAUUCAUGAGUAACUGUAAACAGUUAUUAAAAGUUCAGUUAAAACUUCAUCAAAUUAUAUAUAUGCAUUGGAUGUGCAAGUAUUAAGUAGCUUUAGCAGUAUGAAUAUUGUGCAAUGCUGGAACACAAUCAUCUUUUAACGCAUUUUUCUAGCUUGUUUAGAAAUUCAGCGCUUGAAAAAUAUUUGCUUAUGCAGGGAUCUGAAUUUGGCAAACAUCAGCUGUUUGUCACUGGAGAAAACAAGCCCUCACCCACCAAUCAAUGUGGCAGUGAGGUUAAUUUGUAAAGCACUGACUGUAGGUAGGGGGAGGUUGUCUUAAGCAAAGAGGAGAUUUGCUGGCCAGUGAGCUGAGACCUCAGCAGCAGUAAGGGUCACUUCAGCUUAGCUCUGUAGCUGUUCCACAAUGUAAGGGAAAGAAUUAUUCGUUCUUUCCCUCCUUUUGGCACUUCUGUACUAGUGUGAUGAUCUAAAUGUGAGUAAAUAGUUCCCUCCCUCAUCCCCACCCCUGGUUCUGAAGAUUUACCAGAGACCUCUGCUCAGUUCUUCAGACCAUGCACUUGAUACCCCAUGGCUUUGCCCAAACUUCAGUCAGGUAUGACUACCUGUCCGUAGGCAUUGCUGCGUAGACGUAUGAUCUAUUCUAAAAUUUGCCUGUGAGAAAUAAAGUACUGUGAUGAAAAAUUGUUUUGGGAGAUGCCGUGGUAUAGUGGAUUGGUCUGGACUCUUCCAGGCUAUUCCACAACCUUCUGAGUGAUCUUGGGAAGCCAGCUCCCUGCUUUGUUUCCUUGUCUGUUUUGUACAUUAUCAGAAACAAUCAGUGUUUCUUUAGGACUCAGCUGUAGACUUCAGGUAUCUGAUAUUUUGCUCCCCUAUAGAAGAUGCAGUGGCUUAGGUGUGAGGCACAACGUUUGUGUAAAGGUGGAGGGUGCAGCUGGGGGUAGAAGUGUCUCCUGGUGCUGCAGUGGCGUGCUUCAGUCCACAGAGGACAAAGUUGCUUACAAAUGUGUGUACCGUGUAAUAUAGCUGGAUUUUGAUUUUAGCUGGAACCUUGGGGCAGCAUUGUUAUGCAGAUAAUAACUUGAAACAGUGCACUGCACCCAAAUUACUCAAGUUAAGCAUUUCUGAAUCUUGUGCCAGCUGGUCACGUAACUUCAACUACAGCACAUAUCCCAAAGCGUUAAGCUCUUGAUUUGCUAAUGCUCAGCUCAGGGGCAUUUCAAAUCUUCUUCAUUACAGAAGAUGCAGGUACACAAACAGGUUACUACAGCUUAAUUCGUUCUGGUGCUGAACAGCAGCAAUGUCUGCAUGUGUACGCUAACAAUACUUACUUCUGCAUGGGUUGCAAUGAACGAGAUCUGAGAUAAACUGCAUCGCUUGAUGCACGUGGUGGGCCAAGAGCACGUCUCUGGACGUGAAGCAUGGGAUGGGAGGCAUGAUGCAGAGAUUGCCCUGUGCUCUUUUAUAAUCAGCAGAGAGAAAGGAGAAUUCGUAAACUCAAUUUAUUUUAUCCCAAUAUAGACCUAAAAUUGUCAAAUUUCUUCUAAUGCUUUUUAUUCCCACAGUGACUGGCACAACCUUCAUUUAGCCAUCUGAAGUUGGGGAGGUCAGCCCUCGCUCUUGGUGCCUUAUUAAGCAAUAAUAAAUUAAUUGGGGCUGAUUUCCUCACUUGAUGUAUGUUUUUGUAUUUUAGACAAGGCCUCAGAAGGUUCCAAUUACUUUCAAGAUCAGACCUGCUCCGCUAUGAGCAUGUGACACUGUCAGAACUAAUUAACUCACAUUGCUUUUUUUUCUGAGAUAUUUUAAAACUCGAUCAUGUCAUCAAAUAUUUGCCUCCAUUUUUAUUAUUUGCUUAUGAAUAAAAGAUUUUAAUGAGAAA